UAUGGCAAUUAAUUGCGGAUGUCGUGGCUAAAGUUAUCGCUCCAAAUAUAGAUGAAUUGUUUUAUGGGGAUUGGUGCAGUUGCCACAUCUGUUGUCGAUUUAGGCAGCAGGCUAUAUGGUGACAUAUGCAUCCUGACGGAUUUAUGAAUUGUGUAUCCUGAAGAACAAAGUGAAGAAGAAGUGUCCAGUAGUGAGGUUACCACGCCUGUCUCUGUCUGCAUGCCUGGGGGGUGGGGAAAAGAAGAAGACAGCCAUGGUGGACCUGAAGUCAGCCUACGUGGCACUAGAGUACAAACAUUACCACAACAUCGGAAGUCGUCGAGCUGCUGAACAGGUCAUCACGUACGAUGAGUCUGUACCCAUAUAUGAAUCUCGAUUAAACUCGCAGCAGACUGAUUUCAACAGCAAUCAAACUUUACCCAAUGCUAAUCUGUGUGCACCCAAUGGCAACCAUGGAAGCACCAACCCCAAACUUCAUCAACAAAAGUGCAAUACUAACUCUUCAAAUGUGCAAACAUCAUCUCCCAAGAGUAAGAAAGGAUCUGUGAAAAAUUCAAAACUGACACGGGAAAGGAAAAAAGACACUUCCAAAAAAGCCAAGAAGAGAACUGUGAACAGGGUGUCCGGGGAUGUUCUACACUCGGUGCCUGUUAGGAGAGAAGCUAGUCUAAAUGCUAAGGCUAAACUGAACAUAUUUUAUCAUGAGACUGACCCCAUCAAAGGCAUAGAUUCUAGUGAAGAUUCCAGUGAUGAGGAAACUUUAAGUGUUAUUGCAAAGUCAGUGUCAGAUGGAAAAAAGCAGGACAGAGUGUGUGAAGAGAAAGUCAAAACGCAGGACAAAGUAUGUGAGAAAAAAUCAACCACUUCCUCCCUAACCAAGCAUAGAACCCCUGAGAAAUGUGACAAAAGUCUUCAUGAGAAACCCAGAAACUCAAAAUCACCGGUGAACAAGGCCACAAGGGAGGCUGUUGUUAAAAAUGUGAAAUCUCCUGUGAAAAGGACAGCUGAUUUAGAACUUGGUAAUUCUGAUAGCCCAAAGUAUGCGCGUCGCAUUGCCAGCCUGAAUGCAGAGGCCAUCAUGGCUGUGACUGGGUCAUCCCUGCCCAGCUGCACCCAAAAGGCCGCACGCACACAGGUGUUGGAGGCGGCGCGCACCAAGGCGUACAUGUCCAGCAGGCGGGAGGUGGGCAGGUGGGUAGAAGGGCGGGGAGAGGAGUAUAUCCAAGCUCUUCACAGCAACGCCCCCAUUGAGUGGAGCAACCGAGACCUGGUCAAGGACAGCCCUGUCAAGGAUGGGCUUCAUGUGAAGGAGGGGCUUCAGGGCACCUCAGACCCCCUCCAUUUGGGGGACAGCAUUGCACCUACCCUGGACAGAGUGGGCAAUGUGGAUCGUCCUCUGUGUCACACAUAUCAGUCACCAAUUCACGUGAAUGUGGAGGACUGUGGGCCGUAUGUUGGAAGUCAGUCCCAUAUCGCAGCACCCCUUCCACGCUAUUCCUUCUCUCCCGCCCGCAGCGUGGCCCCAGGCCCCCAGUGCCAGUCCUACACGCUAGCAGGGCUUGGUAGUCUCAGCAAUGUCCAGAUGGUGCCCUUCCAUCAAACCUACAACAGCGCCUUCACUGUGCCCUGCAACCACAACAUCAAUGUGCCCUGUAACCAUGGCAAUGCCUGCAGUCUCACAGCCCCUUAUUAUGGUUAUGUCCACAACAACUACUACCCUAGUGGUGGUUCCCUACUACAACCGCUUCCCGAGCCUUGCAUCAUCCCACGGCCGCACCCAGUGCCUGUCCAGUGUCCGCAGGCAGAAGUCAAGGUGCUCAUUCACAAUCCACAUACAGAGCACCCGUUCAUCACGCCCAGAGAAGAGUCGGGCCCCAUCAAAGUGGAAUCUCUCACCCCAUCGCCCCUCAAUCCCGCUGACCACAAGGUGCUAGAGGACAAACAGCCUGACCCUAAGUGUAGCAGCUCUCAGACCAAAACCAAAUCCCACAAGCGCAAGCUGGGCCAAAAACAAGAUGGGGGCUCAGAAGCCUACAACAACAGCAAGGUCAGCAAGAAAAGGGAGAAAUCUGCAGAGGCCAAGAGAGGGAGCAAAUGUAAGAAAAAGCCUGAAGGAAAGGUGCCAGUGAAGAAGAAAAAGCUGAGUGAGGAAGUGACAAAGGAUCAGAAAAGAGACGAUAAAAAAGUGGAGAAGAAAAAGAAAUCAGCAUUGACUGAUGGGCCGACGAAAACAGCCAAGACAGACAAUGCGAUUGCUGUCUGUGGACCAAAAAUCGAGGAGAAAUCUCAGAAAAAGCAAUGUAAGGCUGGCAGGCAGGAGGAUAAAGGGAAGGCUGUUAGGCAGGAGGAUAGAGGGAAGGCUGUCAGGCAAGAGGAUAGAGGGAAGGCUGUCAGGCAGGAGGAUAGGGGGAGAUCGGUGAGGAAGGAGGAGAAGGGAAAGAGGAAGGAUGGGCCAGGGAUGCAAAAAGAAGAGUCGCCAAACAAAACAAAGCGGAAGCGUGUGGACAACCAUGGCUGGUCGUGGAUUGGAGCUCCAGACCUUAAGAUCGUCCACUCUCCACGAGAGAUCCCUCCCACGGAGCGUCCAUGUUACCCAGCCAUGCGUCACAUAGAUGGGGACGAGGUGCGUGCUGGUGACUGCGUAUUACUCUGCUCAGGACCACGUAAAUCUGAUGUCCCCUAUGUUGCCAAGGUAACCAACCUGUGGGAAAACGCAGACGAUGGAGAGAUGAUGAUGAGUUUGCUGUGGUAUUAUCGUCCUGAACACACUGAAACUGGGCGACGCCCACAACACAUGGACUGUGAGGUGUUUGCUUCUAAACACAAGGAUGAGAACAGUGUGGCUUGCAUAGAGGACAAGUGUUAUGUUCUCACUUAUAAUGAGUAUUGUAGAUACCGAGCUGACUUAAGGUACACUGAGGAAGGCUGUUACAGGAGGACUAAGGUUGUCCCAGAGCCUGAAGAUGAUUAUGCCAGAUCAGCACGCUUACCUCCCCUGGAUGCAGACCCAGAAAUCGUGCUCCUGUGCAGACAAGUCUAUGACUUCCGGCAGAAGAGGAUACUGAAGAAUCCCGCCUAACUCUUUCAAACAUGUCAUGAAUAUUCAGAUUUAUGGAUAAUUCCAGUUUAUUUUAACAUAAUUUUUAAAUUUUAAUUCAUGAAUGAUUAAGACAUCAGUUUUAAUGCCCACAGUUGUAACAAGUACAUACGCCACUUUUCUCACCCAACAUCAAACAUUUAAUGAUGUUUUUAUCAGAGUCUGCACAACAUAGAUAAUCUUGUAUACCAUUGGUGCAACUGGUAUUCCUUCAUUUUGUAUUUAACGGAGUAAAAUGCAUGUUUCGUACAUCCACCCAUUGUUGGAGGAUUUUUCUCUUCUCAGAAUCCUUAAAGUAUUUGCAAGUUGCUUAUUCACUGCAUCUCUAAAUCCAAAGACAAGAAAUAAACUGCAUAGAUUUUACCUUUUCACAUGUUAUGUUGAUAAAGUAGUUAUGAUAAGGAUGUGUUUAUAUUUUAAAGUCUAAAAAAUUGUACACAAGGCAUUUGAAAGUGUACCUGUUAAUCAAUGUGAUGAGAUACAUACAGCAUAGGGUUGUACUCUGCUCUUUGUGAAGGGAAGAAAUCGAUAGACAUAGCUGUGCGACACAGAUUUCCAUGGGGACAACCUGUGUUGUGUUGCUGUACAUGGAAUUAAAUAACUAUACCGAUGUGGUAAUAAUGUCUGCAGUGUAUUCUGCAGGAAUUUCAAGGAACAAACUAGUUUUGAAUUUAUCCCAUAUUUUUCUGAAAUUUUUUAAAGUGUUACAAAUUACAUGUAUUGUAAUCUGCUAAUUUGAAAAAGGAAUUUUUUGAGUGUAUUUUCAGCGAAUGUCUCCAGUAAUUUAGUUCACUUUAAGUAAUGGUAUGCGCAUAUGUAUACAUGUCAAAAAGGAGGUUUUUGAACAUUUUUAAGAAUAAUGGGAAGGUCUUGCAGUUUUUCGUGGCAAGUUUUAUAGUCUUGUAUAUUUGAGAUCAGGACAAGAUGGAUUGUAUGGAUCCCUGUGCAGGAGGGUUAAGUUGGGAGUUUUAGCUUUUGCUUUCUUCUGUGUUGCCAGUCUGCAUUGAUGAAAUUGAAAGGGAAUGAUUUUUAAUCCUGUGAUUGAGAUAAUCAUUUUAAUACUUUAAUUUAUUUGUGUUUUUGAGGCACAUGAGUUCAGUUCUGACUGAAAGCUGUUUGCUGAUAGUGACAUAUUGCUGAAUGACCUAUGUCCAUGGCCAACCCCUCAAGCUGCCAGACUCUCUGUGUUGUUGUCUUUGUUGUUGUUGCUCACCUCAUUGUGCCAUUAAAUCUCUGAACAAGGAUGGUGUUGGUAGUAUUGGCUGUUUUUUAUGUGAUAUGUGGAUAGGUAUGUGACAGAAGUAUGAACUAUUUGUGAGCAGACGGCUUGUUCCAAUAAUUCCUGUGAUGAUAGGAUAGUAUUCAUAGGUGUAAUUAGGAAUUCCAGUAUUGUAGAGGUAUAAAUAUGUGUGUAUGUUAACAUUGCGUCAUGUAAGAUUAGAGGUAUAAAUGUGUAUGAAUGUUGGCAUUGUUUUCAUGUAAGGUGUGAAUGACUGAAACAUGUAGGUCAUAUAUCAUGAUAACAGCCUCAGACUCGCAGGUUUCUGGGUGGUUAUCAGGAAAUCCUGAACCCAAGCUCAGCCUUUGUUUAGUGUUGGUUUUACUCAGUUGAUGUACUUCAAUCUUAGAGUGUUGAUCACAACAAGCUGAUUUCAGAGUUUUUCCAUCUAACUUGUUGAUCAAUUACCUAUGCAAUACUUCUGUUCAACACAAAGGCGUUUUUUCUGUUGUCUAUUGAUUAAGUUAUGAAUUAUCCUACUUUUGUACCCAUUGUCCAUUUGCUGUAUAAAUGACUAUGAUUUAUUUAUUGUUCUUCCUGAAAAUCCAUUUAUGUACAGUUUUAAUACACGAUAUGCUGUUAGAUUCAUUUUGAAAUAUACCUUUAUGUAUGUGUUACUAGAUUUUGAUUAUUUAAAAGUAUUGCAUAUAUUAUUAUACAUCCUUAGCAUAAUAACAUAGUCUGUGUGAUAAGAACCUGAGCAAAGAACACAUGCUUCUAUAGAUAUAUGGAUGUCAGAAAUCAUGUCAUUUUGUCUGAUGUGCAAACACUAAAUUGCUGUUACAUGUAGUUGAUUUUACAUGGAAGUGUAAAGUUUUCCCUUAUUACAAUAGAGCUUACAUCUUGCCUAAGUCUACCUCCCCUGUUAUCCUAUCUUUCUGUCAGAAUUGGUGUAGAGUUAAAAGUCAGACCAAUAUUUCGCUAUAUAUAAGGUUUCAGAUCACAGAUAAAAGUUAGCAGUGGUGUACAACUUAUUUCCUUCCUGAUAUAAAGUGAUAUCCCAUUAUUGUGAUAUGAUAGAGAAGAAAGCUUGUAAAUAUUGCACUUUGCCUGGUAGCCUAUCAGCACAUGGAUCGUGACGAAGAUAAAACUUCACUGUGCUGUUACAUAUACCUGCUGUUUGUGCUAAGUCUGCACCUGUACAUAGGCUGACCUCUUCUCUUGGCAGCACCGUUACUCUGUCCCCUUCAACCUUCAUCCAUGUGCCUUUGUCUGUAAACUGUUGGCUCUCUCCUGUUGUUAGAAAUCAAACAUUCAUGCACCAUGUCCGAGACAAGGGCAGGUAACUCUGUCAGAUCUCAAAUCCUCUGCCACUUCUGACACCAAUUUUACCAGAAAGUUAUCAGAUCUGAAAAUUGUCACCAAAAGUCUGGUAGUCUUUUUAGGUAGUUCAAAGGGCCUUCUUCAAGCACAGGACACAUCACACUUGUUUGGGCAGUCACAAUUUCUAAAUGAACUGAAAAUACCUUUUGUUACGUUGAAAAGGCAAAUUUCCUUACAGGUCUUGUUUGUCCUUGCAUUCUUCCAUUUUAUUUUGAAAUUAAGUGCACUCUGGAAUGCGGAGGAUCCACGAAGGGCUCUGGAAUAUUGAGCUCAUUCACAUAUCAAGUUGACAGCUUUUUGACAGUGUCGAAGCCUUCCUCAGAAUGUGUUUAUUAAGAUGACUAUUUUCUAUACAGAAUGCUUGAUACAUGUAGAUGAAGGUACCCUAAACUGACUAAGUACUGUAUUAGACCCAAGAUUGCUUCAUAUUCUUCAUUUUUGUUUUUCAUAAUCACUUCAAGACAUUUUGAAUGAGAUUUGCAUUUUGGAAAGAUUGGAAAGAUAUUGUACAGGUUUGGAAAGUGAUUUUUGCAUGCUUGGCCUUCAGAACGGUUACAUAUAGUAAUGGACUGUGUGCAUUAAGCUGAAAUGUGGAGAUAUGGCUGAAGGUCUUGGCUGGUUCACAAAGUGCAUGCUGCGUUAUGUAUGAGUUAACACUCAUGGGGACCAGUACUGUAGAUGUAACGUCGCCAUGGUAGUUACGUGCACAGAGCGAUUCGUGAAACGGGUGCCAGGUGAUUUAGAGGUAGGAAUGUAGCUGAUCAGCAUGUGCCAACUACUGUGGUAAAUGUUCUGGUUUUAUUUCACCCAUCAACCACAGUUAAUAAGUUGUUUACUGAUAAGAAGCAAUUCAGUGUAAAAGAAAACAGACUGCCUUAUGUGUAUAAUCAUGGCAGCUAUUGACCCAAAUGAAUAAAGCUGUAAGUAUUCAAGGCCUGAACAAGUAUGUACUGCCCUUGAUGUGUGUGCUGGCAGGCCUCUAAACCAUAUUACACGGUCUUUUCAACCUACAAUGAGUAGUCAUGCAAGGUAAAUCCUGUAAGGAUUGGUAAUUAAUCUCAGUAUGACGAUGAAGAUGGGCAUUACUCAUUUGAGAUGGAGGCUGUUGAUUAAUCUUGUGAUAACAUGGAAUAAAUGAGGAUGUGGCACAUGUAGAUGUACAUUGCUCUCAAGCAUGCUGCCUGCCACUGUUAGCUCUGGAUCAGGAAUGGCUUUAAUAUAUUAGCUGCCAAUACUCCGUAAAUCAGCUCUAUUAAAAAUUGUAUGUGAGGAAAAAUUAAAAAGCAAAAAAUG